UAACUUUGUCCUCUUCCCUUCACGAGAAUGAUGCGACACGUGUCAGCCUGUCGACCGAUCUUCCUUCGAGUACAACGCCCACCCAAUUUUCCCGCUUGUUUAAAUAAUAAAAAAUAAAAAUAAAAAUCAGAAAAAAUCUUGCAUAAAAUGUUUGUAUGAGAAAAAAGCCUCUGGUUAUCCUCUCGAGCGUUGGGAGAGAGUGAAAACGACGGAAAAGCAACGAGGCACACAGAGAGAGCUCCAAAACGGCGUCGCAUCGAUUCGUCCCUCACAGUCACUGCCUCUAAGCUUUCUGGUUGUUCGACUCUCUGGGUUCUGAAAUGGAGUAAGAAUUUUGUUCGAUCCACUGAGAUUAUAGCUUCUUUUUUGUUGGAGAUAAAUUCAAUGGCGAUCGGAGGUUUGAUAUCGAACCGGAAUUUCGGUUCUUUUAUCGGUUCAGGAAAGGUACGUCAAACAAACCACGCCAUUGUGCAUCAGAAGGGAGAGCGUCUGUAUUAUCAGGGGAAAACAGUUUACCCAACUUUAUGUACUCCCAGGGCUAGUGGUUCUAUAUCUGGAUAUUCAUACAGCCCUUAUCAGCGUGCAAUUGAUUCUUCAGAUACAAACGUUCUGAAGGCAACAGGUAGGGUGCGUGAUGAAGGCAAUAACCCUUAUCUAAUGUCCUUGCAAUCUGGUAUAAGGUCUCAGAGCACCAUUACUAAACAAAUACUUAGAGGAAGAUGUAAAAGCUAUCUUUCUUCGAAUCACUCUUUUAGAAGUUGUAUCCAAUCAAGAAAGCUGGAUAAGCUUGAUUACGGGAAAUAUCAUAAGUAUGAACAUGCUAAGGUUAACAGGACCUGUGCUUAUUACAAGUCGGAGGAGAAUGACAUUACAGAAUCAGAGGUGGACUCACUCACAUCAAUAGAGGGGUCAGGUGAAGCUGUUUUGGCAGCCAGAAAUGUUCGUAAAGUACCUUCUUGGUGGGAGAUUCCCAAGCGCUGGGUGAUUGUACUCCUUUGUUUUACAGCAUUCCUAUUGUGCAACAUGGAUCGUGUAAACAUGAGCAUUGCAAUACUUCCCAUGUCACAGGAAUUCAACUGGAAUAGUGCAACAGUUGGCUUGAUUCAGUCCUCCUUUUUCUGGGGUUACCUGCUUACUCAGAUUCUUGGAGGCAUUUUGGCAGAUAAAAUUGGUGGAAAGCGUGUAUUGGGUUUUGGAGUGAUCUGGUGGUCAGUAGCGACAAUUUUGACACCUAUUGCAGCAAAAAUCAGCCUCCCUUUUUUGCUUAUCAUGCGUGCUUUCAUGGGGAUUGGUGAGGGUGUCGCUAUGCCUGCUAUGAAUAAUAUACUCUCUAAGUGGAUUCCAGUGUCUGAGAGAAGCAGAGCACUUUCACUAGUAUAUACUGGCAUGUACCUUGGUUCUGUCACUGGGUUGGCCGUUUCUCCGAUUCUAAUCGAGAAGUUCAAAUGGCCGUCUGUGUUUUACUCAUUUGGCUCUCUUGGUAGUAUCUGGUUGGCAUUAUGGCUGAAUAAAGCAUAUAGCACACCAAAAGAAGAUCCAGAGCUUAGCGCAGAGGAAAAAGGACUUAUCAUGGGUGGAACUGGAAACACAUCUAAGGAGCCUGUUAAGGUCAUUCCUUGGAAGCUAAUAUUAUCAAAAACACCUGUUUGGGCUCUUAUAGUCUGCCACUUUUGCCACAAUUGGGGAACCUUUAUUCUAUUGACAUGGAUGCCUACAUACUACAAUCAGAGCAAUUAGCCAUCGGGUGGUGACGAGGUGCAUAGAGAGUGAAAGGGAAGCACUCAUUGCUUUCAAACAAGGCCUGGUGGAUGACUAUGAUCUCCUCUCCUCGUGGGGAAGAGAAGAACACAAGCAAGAUUGUUGCCAAUGGCUUGGCGUCCACUGCAGCAAUCGAACCAACCAUGUUACUCAACUUCAUCUUGGAUGGUCUUAUUUGGAUCAAGCUUACGCACUUCAACAGAAAGGACGCCCACAGAAUACCUAUUAUUAUUUGCAAGGUAAGAUGAUGAGUCCUAAACUGAUUAAGUUGAAGCAUUUGAAAUAUUUGGACCUUUCACAGAUUAACUUCAAUGGAAGCCAAGUUCCAGAUUUCAUUGGGUCUCUUUCCAACUUAAGGCACCUCGAUCUCUCUUAUGCUUCUUUUGGUGGUCAAUUUCCAAGUCAAGUUGGAAACCUUACCCACUUGCAACAUCUUGAUCUCAGCUUCAAUCACUUUGCUAAUGUAGAAGAUCUGAAUUCAUGGAUGCCUCAUCUUUCUGCUUUAACAUAUUUGGACCUGAGUGGAAGCAAUCUCAGUAAUGUUCGUGACUGGAUGGAAGCAGUUAAUAAGCUCCCCAAACUUACAAACUUGUCUUUGUCUGAUUGCAGUCUUCCUUUUCCUCUAACUCAUUCCAGUACUCCUUUUAACAAAAAUUCUUCUAGAUCUCUUGCUCAUGUUGACCUCAGUUCCAACCAACUCACUUCUUCCAUACUUCUUUGGUUGUCCAAAUACAAUGCUAGCCUUGGAUAUCUUGAUCUCAGAUCCAAUAACUUUGCUAAUGUAGAAAAUCUGAAUUCUUGGCUGCCUCAUCUUUCUGCUUUAACAUAUUUGGACCUGAGUUACACCAAUCUCAGUAAUGUUCCAGACUAGAUGGAAGCAGUUAAUAAGCUCCCUAAACUUACAAACUUGUCUCUGUCUUCUUGUAGUCUUCCAUCUCCUCUAAUUCAUUCCAGUACUCUUUUUAACAUAAAUUCUUCUAAAUCUCUUGCUCAUGUUGUUCUCAGGAACAACCAACUCCCAUUUUCUUCAUCUUCUUCCAUAUUUGUGUGGUUAUCCAAAUACAAUGCCAGCCUUGUUUCUCUUGACCUCUCUUACAACCCAAUUAAAGGAGGGAUUCCGCAAUCUUUUUCCGGGUUAUGUAAUCUGCAAGAAUUGGGCCUUAUAAACAACACUCUGAGUGGACAACUUUCCUGGUUGGUUCAAAUAUUAAUGUCUGCAUGCCCUGAUCAGAACGCAUUAAAGACUCUGUACCUCUCAUCCAAUCAUCUUUCUGGAUCAAUUCCUAAUCUCACAAACUUUUCAUCAUUGCAAGAAUUAUCUCUCUAUGGCAAUCAAUUGAGUGGAACAGUACCUGAAAGCAUUGGGCAUAUGUCUAGACUCGAGAUUAUCAACCUUGAAUUACACUAUCAGUAAUUUGUAAGAAAAUGGUCGUCUUCAAUGAAAUGCUUGCCUUGACA